AUGGAAAAAGAAAUUCAAGCAGAUUAUAAUUAUCUAUUCGCUGAAAGUGAUGCAGUAAGACCAAGUUCAUCAAAAUCUUGGUCAACAUUGUUCAAUCAUCCUGAUUUAGGUGGUGGAACUUCUCCUUCAUCAGAAACUUCAACAUUAUCAUUACCAACACAAACGAUUCGUCAAUUAAAUUAUGACGAUGCUUUACGUGUAUCUCACUCUGCUAGUUUAUCUAUAAUUAAUCCUAUUGCAAGAUCUGCUAACAUACAAUUAGAAGAAGUUUCUGUACAUGAUGAAAAGAAGAAUAAAGAAUCUCCUGUUACAUCGCCUAAUUUGUAUGGCACAAAAACCAAAAAUUCUAAUGGAAUUGAUGAUUAUUUUAAUAAAUUUUCGGGAAAAAAUGAUGACAAGAGUGCUAUAAAAACCUCUCAAACAUUGACGAAUGAUAAAUUUAAAUUAAAGAAAAAUGAAUUUGGAAUAUACAGUAAAGACUCGAAAUUAAAUAAUGAUUCAAAAGAAUUAUAUAAAUUCUUUAUGUCGCACAACGAUAAACCCGAAAUGUCCAUAACAAUUCACGGAUAUCACACUGAAGAAAAAGAUGGAACGAUACGAGUGGUAAACGGAAGUAAUAGUUAUGAUUAUGAGAAAAAUGAUGUAGAUGUCGUAGAAGUAACUGAUUUCGAUUUUACAAUAGACUUGUCUGAUCAUAUUUUACCGAAAGGUGAGAUUAAUACAAUUCCGUCAAAAGAUGACGAUGAUUACGAUAUCAAAGAAGGUAAAGAUAUCAACCAAGUGUUAGAAGAAUAUUGUAAAAAUAAUAACAGAUCUAAAGAAAUCGAGAUGAGGAAGGUCAUAAUUUGGGAUUUCGAAAAGUUAACAAAGGCGAUAGCACAAGUAAUCAGACAACAAACUUAUUAUAAUAAUAUUAAAAUUCAUUAUCCAUUACGUAACAAUAUAGUUAAA